AUGCGUACCAUCCUUCCAACUCCUCGGUCGCCGCCUGUCCUGGGUCGACUGUCCAAGUCGGAGGGCGAGCCCUUCGAGGAUGCCAGCAUCCCGCAGCUGCGGCGCCGCUUCGGCGAGGUGCCGGGCCUGCCGAGUGCAGAGGUGCAGCCGGGCAGCAAGGCCCUGCUCAGCGCGGGGUUUGCGCGGAAGGUGCCCAUCUAUGCCGCACUUCGUGGCCAGUUUGCAGAGAUCAACCGGGAGAACAAGAGGCACAUCACCCAAUCAGACUUCCUGGCCUUCGUAGAAGCUCGUUGCCCAGUCCCCGCGGACUCUGAGCCUUUGCUGAGGGAGACGGCCAAGCGUUGCUUCCACCAGGCGGCGGUGCGGCGUGAGGGCCUCCGCGCGGAGGACUGGCUGCAUUACGGCUUACUCUUCGGCGAGGGCGGGUCCCAGCUUCACAGGCGCUUGCGGCUGGAGCUCGCCGGUCUCGCGCGCUUCUUCUCGCCGUCGUCGUCGCAAGCGACGCGCUUCAACCCGCUCUUCCAGCCUCACUGGGCUGGCAAGAGCGACAUUCGACACCUGGCCAGCAGGCCGAUGCUGCAGAGGAACCUCAACCUUUGUCCCCUCUGGAACCAGCAGCCUGCAUGCUGCACGCCAUCUUUCGAGGAUGAGCAGCGCAGCGUGUUCGAGCUCUGGAAGCAGCACUGGAAGGAGAAGGAGCAGCGCUUGGAGUCCUUCCGGAAGGAGAUGGAGGACUUGAGGCUGACGCCCACAUAUCAGGAGGCCUCCCUCUUCCAGCGGGAGCUCUUUGAUACCUCCCUACUCCGCGUGAAGGAGGUCAUUGACACCUACGGCUGGUGCUUUGACACGCUGCUGGAGUAUGUCGCGGGCAUGCUUUGCUUUCCCUGCCAGCCGCAUUGGCACCAUCAGGUCGUCCUUGCGCAGACGCAGGUGCUGCGGCUCCGCGUGGACGAAAGCUCCAACGACGCGCUGUGGGACAGCUGCCGCUACCUGGGCGCCGCGGGGGAGGAGCUGGACCAUCGCUUGCAGGAUUCCAUGCUAGCCAAGCAGCUCACCCACGCCUACGUCGACUUCAGGAUGUUUUACGACCGCAUCCGCGUCUCGGAGUACAUGGAGCAGAUCGGGCGGCACAUCAUGCGCGGGCCAAACGAGCUGACCAUCGAGGAACGGCCCCAGAUUACACCGGACACCGCCACCUCCGGCUCGAUCGCGGCUCCCGGAGAGCGGUCCCUACAAGCGGUGAACCAGAACGAAAGCGCUGGAAACGAUUCGGCCAGCGUUGACCUGGAGAUCUAUGGGCUGCUGGAUCCAAUCAAGGAUGGCCGGCGAUCCGGUUUCGUCACCCGGGUCUUCCCGCGGAACGUCUUCGGGGCUGGCCUGCGCGCCACGACUUCGCUGUGCCUGGUGUUCCUCAGCGUGGCGUGA